ACCAUAUGCUGAUAAGAAGUGUACGUGACGAGGCGCCCCGAAACUUCUCCAGUUACACCUUUUGCCCUCCCUCUGACCGUGGCAGUACUCACAGACGCGAUGUUCAUUGAGGUCCAGUGCGCAUAUUAUGCUGUGCAGAAUAGAAGUUUUUCCGUUCUCAGGAUCAUCGCGUAAUCUGGAGCAGUGCAGCAAUGUCCGCAGAAUACGAAGGGACCUCUGGCCAGGUGCUGUAUAUGGGAUGAGUUUCCGGAAUGUCUAUCCAUCUGCAAGAUUCCAACCCAGAGAAAACGAAAUGACCGUGCUAUGCAUGUCGUGCAUCGUCUUUAGUCCAUGUCUGACUCAGUUGCCCAGAUACACACCUCAUCGAGCGCUAAUUACAUCGUCGGGCUGUGCGUUGUCGAUAAACGGGCGGAAGCCACGCAAUUACGUGGGCCGCGUGAAAACUUCUAGAAGACGUUGCAUACGGAGGCACAUUGCAAUGCGAUGAGAUUCAUACAUAUAUCCCAAGAGCAGACCUGAAAAGUCAAUCCUGCGACCAUCUACCACCCACUCGACACCAACUAUGACAUCCUCAGAACAGUACCUGAAACACAUCACGAAAGCUUCAGGGGACAAGGUACUCAAGGUACAAAGGCUUGCGCCAACGGUAAGUGGGAAAGCGCCGCGUAUGCGUUCUUGACGAUUUAUGCGCUGCGC